CUUGUUUUCAGCUCCAGGUUGUCUCACACACACACACACACACACGCACACAGCCUCCAGAAAUGUUUACAUCCAUAAAGCGAUCGGGUAUGCUGUGGCAGACCAUAAUUGCUCGCUUUUAUAAAAAGCUCAAUUGUUAUUAAUAAAAUCUCUCUCCCUUUGUCUGUCGUGUGCGUCAUCUGGAAUGGCGUCACGUGGGAGUGAAAAGGCGACGCGCGCGCGCUCCAUCCGUUACAAAUGAUUCGCGCCUCGAGAGGAGAUACAUCAAGAAAAAAACGGCAGUGUUUACCAUUCACAGAAGUAAUAACAGCGAAAUAUGGGGGAUUUUCACUUUUCUUCGACGCGGACUGUUUGUUUAAUUGGAGUGUUCAAACACCGGAGUCCGAAAACCGCGCUCUUUCUACCACUUAACGUUAUUCCGGAUUUAUAGGCGAGAAGAGACUCUCGACAGGAGCAUUGAUUGAUAAUAAGAGCUACACACAAGACAACUUGUUUUGUUUUGAGGUGUUUCUUACCCGAGCACAUUUUCGGUUUGGAGUUGUGAAGUUUGGAGAUGGAGAGGAUUCGCGCGCUCGGAUGGAAGUUUUCUCUCCAAGCAAACACACCGAGGGAAACUCGUCGACUGGAUAAUGAAACUACAAAGAAACAGCUCUCAAAUGAAAUUAUAAUUGAAGAUAUUUUCCACUGUGGUGUGGAAAUAUGAUGAUGAUGAGCGGGAGAUCCGCUUGUGCGUAAUGGACACAUCACGUUAACACCAGGAGGAGGAUCUCAAGGUACAGGGGAUGCCCUUCCAGCUGCAACCCAUCACUAGGAAACACCUAUACUGUAACCAGGGAAUGUGACCUCAACAACAGAGUCGCAGAAGUCAGCGGGGGGCUUUUGGCCUGGUCUGUCAGCCGGCUUGUAUUGCCAUAGCAAUGAUUGCCACGGGAGGGGUGAUCACAGGCCUUGCAGCAUUGAAAAGGCAAGACUCCACACGCUCUCAGUAUCAUCUGUCAGCCCAGAGCCCCGGCCCGGCACCUGAGAAGAAAACCACCAAGCGGAAGCCUCGAGCGGACGUGGUGGUGGUGAGAGGGAAGAUCCGGCUGUACUCCGCCUCAGGGUUCUUCCUGGUUUUAGGAGUGCUGAUCCUCAUGGCGGGAAUCGCAAUGGCAGUUCUGGGAUACUGGCCUCACAAGGACCAGCCGAAGGCUCCGGAAACCAAGAUGUCCGCAAACAACACGCAGAGCUUCGGCCGAGAGCAGGCCGGAUCCAUCGCACAGUUCCUGGAGCAGCACAUGCAUUCGGAGAAGAUGAAGAUGUUGGGUCCCUUUACAAUGGGAAUCGGGAUUUUUAUCUUCAUCUGUGCUAAUGCGAUCCUUCAUGAGAACCGGGAUCGAGAGACCAAGGUCAUCCACAUGAGAGACAUGUACUCGACCGUUAUAGACAUACACAGCUUGCGGAUUAAGGAGCAGAAGUGUACUAAUGGAGCAUGUAUGGGACCCUACGGGGGGGACACUGAGAUCCGUACCUUUGGACUGGACAGCCAGUUUGCCUCUCGGCUCGCAGCAAACACACUGAUGUCUUUCUCGGGUCUGGAUGGAGAUGUGCGGUUCUCCCACAGGACUAGUUCUGCAGAUGAUGAUGAUGGUUUAAUGAGCGAGGCUAGAGGUGGAUUUUGUUUGCUGUCGCCCACCUAUAAGGACCGCUCUGAAUGUAUAUUCGGGUUCCAGGAUGAUGGUCGGUGGGAGGACAGGCGAGGAGCUCUUAAAAAAUGCCAAACGCGCUCCAUUGUUUCCUCCUCCAUCAGUGCGUUCACACUGCCUGUCAUUAAACUCAACAACUGUGUCAUCGAUGAACCAGACAUCGACAGCAUAACUGAGGAUUUAGAGCAGAGCAGGGUGCACUCCAGACCUCCGUCAAUGGAGUCGCUGACAGUCCCGGUUCCAGACAUCGCCAAAGCCUUCAAACCUCCAGGCGUCCAGCUUCUGCGGAGCAACUCAGCCACUGAAUCCGCCAGCUCCACAUCUUCCCGCUCAUCCCUCUCUCCGGGAUCCACCAGCGGGAGAUUCCUGUCUCCGGGAGCUGCACGUAAAGACUUCGGCUCCAAUAACUCCAUCCACAUGCUGUCCGCCCACUCCAAAUCCCUGGACCUGGAAAGAGGACCCACAAAGCUGACCGUCCAGCCUGAGCAACGGAAACACCCCAGCUGGCCCAGAUUGGACCGCAGUAAUAGUAAAGGAUACACCAGGCUGGAGAACAAAGAGGACCCUAUGGACAGGUUAAUAGUGCCCCCGGUGGACGUGAAGAAGGACUACACUAAAAAGGAGAAACUACUUAUGAUAUCAAGGUCGCACAAUAACUUGAGCUUCGAGCACGACGAGUUCAUGAGCAGCGGUCUGAAGAGGGGCACCUCGGAGACCAGGUUUUAAAACUGAGCCAAAUCCCUCCCAAUCCAACGGCAUUACAGGAGACUCGGAGUGUUUAUAAGACUGUCAUGAAAGCUUUAUAAACAUAGUUAUUAAAGGUGCAGUAGGUGAUCUGCCAGAAUGCUAUGGUUAACAUAAUAGCUUAAAAAUUGACAUCACUCCCCAGAGCCAUGCCUUUUAAAGUCAUAAACGCACACUAAAUAGAUGACUAACUGAUGACGAUAGACUACAUCAUGCGAUUCACUAGUUUGAAAACUCCAUGGAGACACACACUUUGUCCAGCGUAGUUGUUGACAGGCCAGCGGGUGCAGGAAUUAAGGCAGUUGGUUUUAUAUCCGCACAUUCAGACUUUCUUCUCAAAAAUAUGAUUUCAGAAAAAAAGUCUUGUUUGCAAGUUCUAAAUAGUGAAAUCAUGUCAUCAGCCAUUGACUAUAAAUAUUCAAAGUAUGGUUAGAUUGGGAGCACGUCACAGGCUGUGACGCGCUCCCGAUGUUUAUACCGCUACUCUGAAUAUUCGCUCUGAAAUAGCAUGUAAAUGUGGCUUAGUAAUAAGUAGGCCCAACCAGAAUCUGCGCACGCAGAAU